AGUUGAGUUUUGUGUAAUAAGUGAAGAUGAUAUCUUACGCAUUCGCUGGAGUCCCUCCUUUCGCCAUUCUAACACCUGAGAUCACCCAGUCCGUCACUGAGACUUUCGAGCAGGCGAGUAAUAAGGUUCAAGAGCAUGUUGAAGACUUCAAGAAGACUUCCACUGGUCAGAGGAUCUCUGCCGCUGCGAACAGUGCUAGUGGUUACAUGUUCGCUGCAUUCGACAGUUUCCUCAACAGGACUGAGGAACUUGUGGAUCGCAUGCUGCCUCCUCUAGAGGAGUCUGCUGAUAUGGUUCCCGCUGAAGAGGAAUCUGAUGCUACUGCCACUAGUCCUUCGUGCUCCACUAAGGAAAAUGUCACUGAGGAUCAGAAGCCCAAUACUGCUCCUACUGAUAAGCACCAAGGUGAGCUUGCUCGUGCCUUGGCUUUGGCUGGUACUGUGUGUUCUCGUGUAUACACUCGUGCUGAUCUAUACGUCAUCGAGCCUUCUAGAGACUACGUGGCCGAUAUAUGGGAGUUUUGGUCAUUCGUCUGGUCUGGUGCCAAAGAACUGUCUGCUUCUGCUUGGGAGUCCUCCAAGAAUUGGUUCACUAGUAAAUACAGCGAACUGAAAGAAAAAGCUCCUGGUGUGUGGAAGUAUGUGAAGGGUCAUGCAGCUGGAUGCUGGGAGUGGUUGAAGGACACUGCCUCCUCUACUUUCACCAAGAGUAAGGAGUACCUUUUGUGUCUUAAGAAUAAGGUGGUCGAUAUCUACAACAGAGUGUUGACUCCCGAGAGGAGACAUAGGUAUGAGGAGAUGUAUAAGAGUGUCUCCGUGAAGGUUUAUGAGUACUCCAACCUUACUAAGGAUGCUAUCAUUAAGACUGCCAAGUCGGUAUACGGCUAUCUGGUCACUGUCUUUACUUGGGAUAAUUUCAACAGCGGUGUCUCCUCCGUGAGUGCUGCAUUCGCUUGCCCGUGGGCUUGCGGUGCCGCCGCCGCUAAGGAGGGGGAGCACUAACUUAUGUACUAUCGAGGUAGAUUUGUUGUAGCAGCUAGGUCGCUGUACACACCGCCAUUCUUAUUUCUAUCUGUUUUUUACUUUUCGGUAGUCGGUUGUUCCUUUACAGGUGUAUCGCUCUACUUAGAAUAGUUAGAUGACAGUAUUCGAACCAGACACGUUGAGGACCGUCAGGGUUCUUUUUGUAGUUUCUUCGGUU